AUGUCUAGCUCACCAGCUCCCAUCGUGGAGGACAAGAUGGUUGUUCCUCCUCGUACUACUUAUGAUCACGAUACUCAUCAUCAUCAUCAUCGCAGUUGUGGAGUUGAUGCCAAAGUCAACGAUCCAAAGGAGGUGGUGCUUGAAUCGGCGAGAGCGGAGAUGGGGGAGGUGAGGGAAGAGAACGAGAGGCUAAAGCUGACGUUGGAUAAGAUGAUGAGGGAUUACAGCUCCCUUCGCCGCAAUUUCCUCGACUUUCUUGGUAAUCAAGCUACUGCAACGGCGUCGUCUAGUUCCAAGAUGUUGGCAGCAGCAGUAGAUCGUGAUGAUCAAGAGCUCUCGCUUUGCUUGGGAAGUGGCGCUGGCACGAAGGAAGAUCGGAUUCAUGAGAAAUCUUCCAGCACAAGUACUACAACUACUACUUCAUCCGGGAACAGUAAAGAAGAAGAGGUCAAAGCUGGGAGCUGCAGCCUGACCCUGGGGCGAGGGUUGACCAUGGAUCAUCAUCAUGCCAAAUUCCCUGUAGAUAACUUGGGCUGUUCUCUUGAUCAUAAUACCAACAUUAACCCACGUGGUGAUGAUGAAUCGGUGAAGGAGGAUAAGGCAGCAGCUGAGACGUGGGAUCCAAGCAAAGCACCAGCGAAGAGGGUUCAUAGUACGGAGGAUGAUUCUUCUUAUCCCGAUGAUAAGACCCAAGCUAAGAGAGCUAGGGUUUGCGUCAGAGCCAGAUGCCAAACCCCUACGAUGAAUGAUGGAUGCCAAUGGAGGAAAUAUGGGCAGAAAAUAGCGAAAGGGAACCCCUGCCCACGAGCCUACUAUCGUUGCACCGUUGCACCAUCAUGCCCCGUCAGAAAACAGGUGCAGAGAUGUGCGGAUGACAUGUCAAUCCUGAUCACCACAUACGAGGGAACCCACAACCACCCGGUUCCAGCUUCCGCCGCCGCCAUGGUCUCCACCACCUCCGCCGCCGCCUCCAUGUUGCUCUCCGGCUCCUCCUCCACGUCAUCACCACCGUCUCAGUACUACACCACUCCCUCCCCGUUGUUCCCCACCAUCACCCUAGACCUCACCGCGCCUCCCACAACCUCCGGUGCCGGCGGCCUUCCUCUAUUCGCUCCACCUUCAUCGAGACCACUACAGUACUUUCCACCCAGCCUCAGCUUUGCCAGCUCAUCACCAUACAACCCCAAUGUAAUUACUAGCAAUAAUGGAUCCAACCAACAGGCUGUUUUGACCGAGACGUUGACCAAGGCGUUAACUUCCGACCCAAGCUUCCGCACCGUCAUAGCCGCCGCUCUUACUUCCAUGAUGAGCAAUGGAUCAUCCUCGUCACCAUCGUCAUCUUCAUCGUCAUAUUUACCGACUACGUUUCCAUUCAACAUUCUUAACAGUGCUUCCGUCUCCGCUGCUGCUGCUGCUGCUGCUACUACUAACACCACUACCCAAGAAUGA